GGGCCCAACCGGGUAGCCUACUUAAAAAAAAAAAAAGAUACAAAUAAGAACCUCCUGGCCAGAUACCUUGUGUGGAUAUGCUUUAAAGCCUCAGGGCAGAGGGUGGGAGGUAUACAGAGAAGGAGUUAAAACUGAAUUAGCCUUGAAAUUGGUUGAAUUGAAAAGUUUGGAAUCUGACUUUUUAAAUAGCACUCUUGUUUUGUUUUAUCUUAAUUGCAUUUGUCUGUUCUUACAGUUUGAUGAGUGACCUUUAAGUAACCUCUUACUGGCAAGAAAAGACUGGCCUAUGGAAAAAAUACAGGAUUUGAAGUCGCGUGACCUCGAUAGUCUAAUCCUGGAUUUAGCAAUUACUAGCUGUGUAACUUUUACCAGUUAUUUAAACUCUCUGAGUCUUGUUUUCAUUUCUAAUGCAGAUACUAGUAUUUGCCAUUUGUGCCUCGCAAGCUUGUGAGGACCAAAUGAAACAGACAAUAUGAAAGUGCAGGUAAACCCCAGAAAAUGUGCUGUUUGUUACCAGCUUCGUGACUUCAGAGAAGUUAAAAUCUUUGUACCUCAGCUUAUUCCCCUAUAAAAUGGGAAUAAUAAUACCUAUAUCAUUAGGUUAAUUGUGAGAAUUAAGAUACUCAUAAAAAGCAUGUAGUGUGGCAUAAAGUACAUUCCUUCGUUGUGCAGCCAUCGCCACCGUCCAUCUGCACAACUUUGUCAUCUUCCUGGCUGAAACUGUCCCCAGAAACAAAAACUCCCCAUACUUCCCUUCCCAAUCCUGGCAACUCCCAUUCUACUGUAUGAAUUUAACCUCUGGGAACCUCAGAUAAGAGGAACCAAGCAGUAUUUGUCUUCUUGUAACUGCAUGCCCUUUUGAAUUUCAAAGUACAGUGUUAAUAAUGAUGCUAAUUGUCGUGAUAAUUCUAAUGACUACUAUUUACUUUUGGGGUUAGGCACAUUGUUUACUUAAUCUUUGCCGUGUUGGCCAACAAAUGACCUAUCCAUCUCAUUUGACAUUUGAAGACGGUGAGGCUAAGGAGAUUAAAUCAUUUACCUAAGGUCACAGGUAUGUGAAGCAUCAGAUGAAGAAUUUAUUCUGUGUUUUCCUGACUAAGGCUCCUGCUGUGCCUCCCACACCAGAAGUUGAAGUAGGCCUGACUCCAACCCACCUUGAGACAGCGCGGGAAAGGACGAGAGCAACUUUAAAUCAUUGGUAGGAAUGCUGUGGUACCAAGAAGGCUUCAAACUUUUGGAGGAGUGGCGGCUUUAGUUUUACAGACCUUCCUUCUGCCAGAAUGCCUCGUACUGGUUCCCGGCUCUCAUGCAUACUGCCUCCAUCCGGGUGGAGCGUGAGGACCCCAGUGGUACUUCAGUUAGCCCUUGGAUAGAUAUUUGACCCGUAAGCGAUGAAUUGCAUGAUGAGUCCUUUACCAUUACUUCUAGUGGACAUCUGUGUUUUUCAGUUUUGAGUUAUUUUUCAAGAACACAUUCUUUGCCUGUUGUAAUGAGGACUGAUAGUUUUUUUUGGAUUCCCCUUAGUGCCAGUCACAGUGUUUGUAGGUCUCUUAGAAGAUACUCUGUAAAUAUUGUUUUGCAUUGAAGAAGGCUAAUCCAUGGCACUGCUAGUGAGAAACGAGCUGUAGUGAUAAAUAAGAGAUGUUAGUUGCCAGGGCUGUCAUUUCAAUUUGUCUUGCUAGUGUUGAGCUCAUUAAUAAAUUGCCACAGUGAUAAUAUGAAAGUAAUGAACCUUCUGGAGGCCCAGCUGGGGCACAGAGUGCUAGCAGGGACCUUCAGGGCAAUUGCCAUUGUUAUACACAGUUCUGUUAAAGAGUUUCAGGCUCUUUUUUUUUUUUUCCAUUGAAACAUUUAUAUUUUGCAAAAUCCAAAUCCUGUUUUAACAUUUUUGUACUUUCUAAGUGAGUUUAUUUAAAUUCAACUCGACAAACAUGUAUGUAUCUGAUGCCUGCUACUGUCAGGCACUGUAUUAGACCCUAGGGAUGUAAAGAUGACUAAGACAUCGCUUAGGGCUUUGCUGUCAAACAGGCAAGAGAGGUGUAUAAACAAAUAAUUUUAAUACAGUGUUUAAAUGCUGUAAGUAUGAGCCAGAUAUAAAAUAGAAUAGAAAAGGCAAUGAUUAUCUAGGGGAAAGAGCUAAGAGGGCUUAGGAAGAGGAGAGUCAUUGAUUUCUGAGUUAAGUUUUGAAGGAUGAGUUGUUGAGUUGACAAGUUGAGUGCGUAAUGGAAAGAGGGACUUGCAGAUGAGUUGAGGGAGUGCAAAUCAUUUAGAGUAAGUUAAGGAAAGAGGGUAAAGAGAAGGAGAAGAUGGGAGGAUGAGGCUAGAGAAGUAGUCAGGGGCCAAAUCUUAAAGAAUUUUGGUUUUGAGGGACUGUGUAUGCAAUGCAAAGGGCUUUGGUGGAUUUCAUUCCACAGGCUACAUGGAUCCAUUGAAGGAUUUUAAGCAGAGAAGCAACAUGAUGGAACUUUUAUUUUAGAAGGAUAACUCCAGUUGCCAUACACAUGAUAGAAUUGAAGUAGAGAGAAACCAGAUAGAAGGCUUGACUAGUUUUGUACAAGCAAAUAACAACAUGGUAAACUGCAAAGAGCGUGACUGAGAUUGUUUCAAGUUCCAGUUCAGCCGCCUACUAGCUCUCCAACUCUGAAAGUUCCUCAUCAGUGAAAUGAGAGUAAUAGAAAUCUCUCACUGGGUAUUAUGGAAAAUCAUAUGAAAUAACAUGUAUACAUGGAAUUGGUCCAAAGAGCUGAGUAUAAAUAUUAGCUGUUAUAUAUCAACUUGUGGUUUUGCGGAGUUUUAGGUAACCUGUAACCAAGUUAGGAUUUUCAAGAAGCAUUUGCAUUCUCUUUCAAUCACUCUCCUGAUAAAACAAAGAAAUCAAGAGGUUUACAAACCUUUUAAUUUACAUUAGGAUUCAUCUUUCAGGAUUUUUUGAACAUUUAAAAAAUAACAUAACUAAAGCUUUUUCCUUCGGACGUCCUGCCAGACUCGGAGGUGGAGAAUCAGGCCUAAUGUCCUUUUUAGUCAGUGGUGCAAUGGGAAAAGACGACAGCCCUGGUUCAGCAAGUGAGCUUUUUAGGUGCUUCUCCAAGCAAAGGUGAAAUAGAGUCACUUUCUUGGAAACCUGUGGAAAAUGAAUGAUAAAGAUGGAUUAAGAUUUUAGAUUUCUCCAUCUUGCUAAGGAGCAACGCUUUCCUAUUUGAUAUAGCUGAUGGUACCAUGCAAACAUCGGGUCCUCGGAAAGUAAUAGACUGGAAUGAUGUUAGAAAACACAAGUAUGGUCACCUCUCAGAAUCUGCAUCCCAGUAUCAAGAAGCUACUGACAUCCUGGAACUAGGUCAUUUUACCUGGGACAAAUACCUAAAAGAAACAUGUUCAGUCCCAGCGCCUGUCCAUUGCUUCAAGCAGUCCUACACACCUCCAAGCAACGAGUUCAAGAUCAGCAUGAAAUUGGAAGCACAGGACCCCAGGAACACCACAUCCACGUGUAUUGCCACAGUAGUUGGACUGACAGGUGCCCGCCUCCGCCUCCGCCUUGAUGGCAGCGACAACAAGAAUGACUUCUGGCGGCUGGUUGACUCAGCUGAAAUCCAGCCUAUUGGGAAUUGUGAGAAGAAUGGGGGUAUGCUGCAGCCCCCUCUGGGAUUUCGGCUGAAUGCCUCCUCUUGGCCCAUGUUCCUUUUGAAGACACUAAAUGGAGCAGAGAUGGCUCCCAUCAGGAUUUUCCACAAGGAACCACCAUCGCCUUCCCACAACUUCUUCAAAAUGGGAAUGAAGCUAGAAGCUGUGGACAGGAAGAACCCUCAUUUCAUUUGCCCAGCCACUAUUGGGGAGGUGCGGGGCUCAGAGGUGCUUGUCACUUUCGACGGGUGGCGAGGGGCCUUUGACUACUGGUGCCGCUUCGACUCCCGGGACAUCUUCCCUGUGGGCUGGUGCUCCUUGACCGGAGACAACCUACAGCCGCCGGGCACGAAAGUUGUGAUUCCAAAGAAUCCCUAUCCUGCAUCUGAUGUGAACACUGAGAAGGCCAGCAUCCACAGCAGCACCAAAACUGUCUUGGACCAUCAACCAGGGCAGAGGGGGCGUAAACCAGGAAAGAAGCGGGGCCGGACACCCAAGCCCCUAAUUCCCCACCCCAUCUCUACCCCAUCCAAGUCAGCUGAACCUUUGAAAUUCCCAAAGAAGAGGGGUCCCAAACCUGGCAGUAAGAGGAAGCCUCGGACUUUGCUGAACCCACCACCCACCUCACCAACAACCAGCACCCCUGAACCGGAUACCAGCACUGUACCCCAAGAUGCUGCCACCAUCCCCAGCUCAGCCAUGCAGGCCCCCACAGUUUGUAUUUACUUGAACAAGAAUGGCAGCCCCGGCCCCCACUUAGAUAAGAAGAAGGUCCAGUUGCUCCCUGACCAUUUCGGGCCAGCCCGCGCCUCCGUGGUGCUGCAGCAGGCCGUCCAGGCUUGCAUCGACUGUGCAUAUCAUCAGAAAACCGUCUUCAGCUUCCUCAAACAGGGCCACGGUGGUGAAGUGAUCUCAGCCGUGUUUGACCGUGAACAGCACACUCUCAACCUCCCAGCAGUCAACAGCAUCACCUACGUCCUGCGCUUCCUGGAGAAACUCUGCCACAACCUUCGCAGUGACAAUCUGUUUGGCAACCAGCCCUUUACACAGACUCACUUGUCACUCACCACCACCGAGUACAGCCACAGCCACGACAGGUACCUACCAGGUGAGAGCUUUGUCCUGGGGAAUAGUCUGACCCGGUCUUUGGAGCCACACUCAGACUCAAUGGACUCUGCCUUGAAUCCCACCAACCUUGUCAGCAGCUCCCAGAACCUUCGAACCCAUGGGUACCGGCCUUUGGUUCCCUCCUGCGGCCUCCCGCUAGGCAGUGCCUCAGCGGUCCGCAGGCUGUGCCCCAGGGGAGCUCACAGUCUUGUGGGAGAGAUGAACACUUCAACAGGGUCCGAUCGAUACCUGGAAAGCCGGGAUGCCUCUCGACUGAGUGGCCGGGACCCCUCUUCAUGGACAGUGGAGGACGUGAUGCAAUUUGUCCGGGAAGCUGACCCUCAGCUUGGACCCCACGCUGACCUCUUUCGCAAACACGAGAUUGACGGCAAGGCCUUGCUGCUGCUGCGCAGUGACAUGAUGAUGAAGUACAUGGGGCUGAAGCUGGGGCCCGCGCUCAAGCUCUCCUUCCACAUUGACCGGCUGAGGCAGGGCAAGUUCUGAGCCGGACGCGCGGCCGACGCACCGGAGGGGUCCGCCGGAAGGGGGACCAAGCAGCCCACUGCUGGCGCCUCCGUGGGGUUCGGGGCCGCCUCAGGACUCCGGAGGCUGUGUGGCGCCCCCGCUGCUCCCCCCUCCUGCCGUGGUAUGUCCUUCCAUGAAGGACGGAGGAGGGGAGAGCGUGGGGCCCAGGGCUGGCGCGGCUCUUCCCUCAGCCCUGCCUUGGCUCUGAGGUCCCUCCCUAUUUAUUUCUCAAGCCCGGUUGGCCUCUCACUGGGCGUGUAGACUGAACACCUUUCACUUGGGCCCAGUCCCCCUGCCACCUGCUGGGCCUGGUGUGGCACCCCACUGCCCCACAGCGCCUGCCACCUCCUCACAAGAGCUCCAGACUCCAAACUCAUGGUGCAAACCUCUACCUUUUUUUAAAAAAGAUCUUUUCUUAUUGUUUAAAUCUGUUGUUUCUGGCACUCGGGAAAGCCCUCCACUUUAUUCUCCUCUCGCUGCAGACACUGGGUUUCAGGCGGAGGGAGACUGCCCCGCCCUGGUCCCAGAGAGGCCUGGGCCCUUUUCAAGGACAUCACCCGAGGGCGGUUUCUCUGUGGGAUGGACAGAUCCUUGGAGCCUUGACUGUCACUCAGCAUGGGGUGGAGAGCGUUCCUGUCACCUUCCCCCCUUCCUCCACUGGGCCGUUUGCAGUGCCGGGGCCUCAUCUGUGGGAAUGGGAGUCCCCUGCCCCACACCGUCCCCCACAGCUCCUUGCCCUGGCUGGAACUACUGCCCAAGGAGGUUAGGCCCCAUGAUUUUAGGCCAUGAAGGCCAUGAGGUGGAUGGGAGGGAAGGGUCUGCAGGCUGGAAUCUGGUGGUACCUUCUCCGUUGUCCAGAUGCCUCCUUUGUAAGCAAGUCAGCAGCACAGCCGCCCCCGCUGCCAUCCGGACUUCUUUUAUGUCAGUUUGUUUAUAAAUAAAAACCAAUAUAGA